AUGAUGACCUCUUAUUCUGUACACUCCUCGAAGUCUUUCAUGGAGGCAAUGCAGAGUAUGAUUCAAGCCUCUGAAUUGUUCAACGUGGAUCUUUCGAAAAUUGUAGUUCCAGAAUAUGAUAAUAGCAAAAACGUCAAGGAUAAAGAGCCAGAAGGCACUAAGUUAGCUGUUUUGGCGCAAGAUAAAAAUGAAUGGGACGACAUUUAUGAAGAAUUUAACGAUAUUUCCUUUGAAAAAUUGAAUGACAUUAUAAGUUCUUAUAAUGAAGAGGAUUCUUUGAAGGUAUUCAAAAAUUUAUCAAGGCUCCUAAACACUUGUUCCACGGAACUACCAAAAGAUAUUCUACCUGAGUCAACAUUGCAGCUCUUAUUUACUCAUGAAACUAUUGAUUUGGAAAAAGAACUACUCAAUUUACUGGGAACAGAGAAUAUCGAAUUAAUAUCAUUUCUUCUACAAAAUAAAGCAAAAAUUACCUCUCAGCCAUUAGAUAAUGUACUGUGGCUUAUAAAUAAUUCAGAUGAUUCGAAUACGCACCUUACAGAGGAAGAUAUCCGAAAUCAAGUACUUGAAAAUGCACGUAUUGCAAAAAAUCAGAAGUUGGAUCAAGCUGAAAAGAUAAUAAAAUAUCCCCAUGUAUUCAGAAAAUAUGAAUCCAACACCACUUCAUCCUUGAGUUUUUCGGGGCAGAAGUUUUCUCUUCCAGUGGGAACAACAAGGCAAUCUCUACAGACACAUGAAGAAAUUAUCAUUCCAGCCGCUGAUUCUUCUAAUUCAAGACCUUUUCUUUAUACUAAAUUAUUAGAAGUCGAGGACCUAGAUGAGUACUGUAAAGCAGUAUUUAAUUAUGAUACCUUAAAUCAAAUUCAAUCCCUAGUUUAUCCGGUUGCUUACAACACAAAUGAGAAUAUGUUAGUGUGUGCUCCUACAGGUGCCGGUAAAACCGAUAUUGCAUUACUGACGAUUUUAAAUAAUAUAAAGCAGUUUUCUUCCGUAAAUGAAGAGGGUGAAAUUGAUAUCCAGUAUGAUGAUUUCAAAAUUAUCUAUGUUGCUCCCUUAAAGGCCCUUGCAGCAGAAAUUGUCUCGAAAUUCAGUAAAAAGUUGUCAGUUUUUGAUAUAAAAGUGAGAGAACUUACAGGUGAUAUGCAGCUCACGAAAGCAGAAAUACUUGAAACACAAGUAAUUGUUACAACUCCUGAAAAAUGGGAUGUUGUAACACGUAAGGCCAAUGGUGAUAACGACCUUGUUUCAAAAGUGAAACUGCUUAUUAUAGAUGAGGUUCAUCUGUUACAUGAAGAUAGGGGUUCUGUUAUUGAAACGUUAGUUGCUCGUACUUUAAGACAGGUGGAAAGCUCGCAAUCUAUGAUUCGAAUUUUGGGUCUCUCAGCAACUUUACCAAAUUUUAUGGAUGUUGCUGACUUUUUAGGAGUCAAUAGGCAGGUUGGUAUGUUUUACUUUGAUCAGUCCUUCCGUCCUAAACCAUUAGAGCAACAGUUACUUGGUUGCCGUGGGAAAGAUGGCAGUAAACAGAGUAAAGAAAAUCUUGAUUCUGUUUCGUAUAAAAAGUUGAUUGAAAUGGUACGACAAGGUUCUCAGGUCAUGGUUUUUGUCCAUUCAAGAAAAGAAACAUCUAAGAGUGCCAAGACAUUUAUUAAGAUGGCCCAAGAAAAUAAUGAAACAGACUUAUUUUGUCCAAGUCCUUCAACAAAAGACCUCUACUCAAAGCAAAUAGCAAAAAACAGAGAUAAAGACUUGAAAGAAAUAUUUCAAUUUGGUUUCGGUACUCAUCAUGCCGGUAUGUCUCGUUCUGAUCGUAAUCUCACAGAAAAGUUAUUCAAGGAAGGAGCUAUCAAAGUAUUAUGCUGUACGGCAACGCUCGCUUGGGGUGUCAACUUGCCAGCUGAUUGUGUUAUUAUCAAAGGUACACAGAUAUACGACUCAAAGAAAGGUGGUUUUGUGGACCUUGGAAUUUCAGACGUUAUUCAAAUAUUUGGCCGUGCUGGUAGACCUGGUUUUGGUUCUUCCCACGGUAUUGGUAUUUUAUGUACAUCAAGCGCUAGUUUAGAUCAUUACGUAUCUUUGAUAACACAGCAACAUCCAAUUGAAUCGAGAUUUGGCGCUAAGCUGGUAGAUAAUUUGAAUGCAGAAAUAUCUUUAGGUACAGUGACAAAUGUGGACGAGGCUAUCCAGUGGCUUGGUUAUACAUAUAUGUUUGUACGCAUGAGGAAAAACCCAUUCACAUAUGGUAUCGACUGGGAAGAGAUCGCUUCGGACCCUCAACUAUAUGACAGGAGGAAGAAAAUGAUUAUUACUGCAGCAAGGAGAUUACACUCUUUACAGAUGAUCGUUUUCGAUGAAGUGUCCAUGCAUUUUACUGCUAAGGAUCUGGGCAGAGUUUCAUCUGAUUUCUAUUUGUUGAAUGAAUCUGUUGAGAUCUUUAAUCAAAUGUGCAACCCAAAAGCCACUGAAGCAGAUGUCCUUUCAAUGAUUAGUUACAGUAGUGAAUUUGAUGGUAUUAAAUUCAGAGAAGAAGAAGCCUCGGAGCUGACUAGGCUGACAGAUAAUUCAGUUGAAUGUCAAAUAGCGGGGGCUGCUGAUACACCGCAAGGAAAGACUAAUAUUUUGCUACAAGCUUAUAUAUCGCAAGCAAGAAUAUUUGAUUCUGCUUUAUCAUCAGACUCCAACUAUGUCGCUCAAAAUGCUGUGAGAAUUUGUCGAGCUUUGUUCUUGAUCGGUGUCAAUAGGAGGUGGGGUACUUUUUCCAAAGUAAUGUUGAACAUAUGUAAGUCUAUUGAGAGAAGACUUUGGUCAUUUGAUCAUCCCAUGUGCCAAUUUGAUUUACCGGAGCCUAUUCUCGGCCAACUUCGAAGCAAAAACCCUUCUAUGGAGCAUCUUCUUGAUUUAGAAGAGGAUGAAUUAGGCGAGCUAGUCCAUAACCAGAAAAUGGGGCGUAAGUUAUAUACACUAUUAAGCCGUUUUCCAAAAAUUAUCAUAGAAUCCGAAAUUUUCCCUAUUACCACCAAUGUCAUGCGUAUUCAUGUUUCUUUAGAGCCUGCUUUUAUUUGGGAUAUCAGAAUACAUGGUGAUGCCCAGUUUUUCUGGGUAUUUGUUGAAGAAUCCAAUAAGUCAGAAAUUCUUCAUUUUGAAAAGUUCAUAUUAAACCGAAGACAGCUGAAGCACGCUCAUGAAAUGGAUUUCAUGAUCCCAUUGUCUGAUCCAUUACCGCCACAAGUUGUUAUAAAGGUCGUUUCUGACACUUGGAUAGGUUGUGAAAAUACUAAUGUCGUCUCUUUCCAACAUUUGAUCCGACCAUACAAUGAAACAUUACAAACAAAAUUGGAGAGAUUGAGGCCUUUGCCAGUAUCUGCUCUUCAUAAUCCUCUGGUUGAAUCUAUUUAUCCCUUCAAAUAUUUUAAUCCUAUGCAAACUAUGGUUUUCCAUACUUUGUAUAAUACAUCCGAAAAUGUGUUUGUUGGUUCACCUACAGGUUCUGGUAAAACUGUCGUUGCUGAACUUGCGAUUUGGCAAGCAUUUAGAGAUUUUCCAGGCUCUAAAAUUGUAUAUAUUGCUCCUAUGAAAGCUUUGGUUCGUGAAAGAGUGGACGAUUGGAGAAAAAAAAUCACACCUGUCACGGGUGAUAGAGUUGUUGAAUUAACUGGUGAUUCUCUCCCAGACCCACAGGACGUCAGAGAUGCUACUAUUAUUAUUACUACGCCUGAAAAGUUUGACGGUAUCUCACGUAAUUGGCAGACGCGUAGAUUUGUACAAAGCGUUUCUCUAGUUAUCAUGGAUGAAAUUCAUUUGUUAGCUAGUGAUCGUGGCCCAAUCCUAGAAAUGAUUGUUAGUCGUAUGAAUCAUAUAUCUUCUCAGACUGCUCAGCCUGUCCGUUUAUUAGGCAUGUCAACAGCUGUGUCUAAUGCACACGAUAUGGCAGGCUGGUUGGGUGUCAAGAACAAUGGUCUUUAUAAUUUUUCUUCCAGCGUACGUCCUGUGCCAUUAAAAAUGUACAUUGAUGGUUUUCCAGAUAAUUUAGCCUUCUGUCCCUUAAUGAAAACGAUGAAUAAGCCAGCGUUUAUGGCUAUUAAGCAACACUCCCCAGAUAAGCCAGCCCUGAUUUUUGUAGCGUCCCGUAGGCAAACAAGAUUAACGGCGUUAGAUUUGAUUCAUCUUUGUGGUAUGGAAGAUAAUCCAAGGAGGUUUUUGAACAUUGAUAAUGAUGAUGAAUUAAGAUACUAUCUUUCACAGGUAACUGAUGAAACCUUGAAACUGUCUCUGCAAUUCGGUAUUGGUUUACAUCAUGCUGGUUUAGUUGAAAAAGAUCGUUCCAUCUCGCAUCAUUUAUUCCAAAAUAAUAAGAUUCAAAUUCUUAUUGCAACUUCUACUUUGGCGUGGGGUGUUAAUUUACCAGCACAUCUAGUCAUUAUUAAGGGUACGCAGUUCUUCGAUGCAAAGAUCGAAGGAUAUAGGGACAUGGAUCUGACUGAUAUAUUACAAAUGAUGGGUAGGGCUGGUAGACCAGCAUUUGAUACUUCAGGUACCGCCAUUGUCUAUACAAAGAACUCCAAAAAGAUGUUUUAUAAGCACUUUCUAAACGUUGGAUUUCCAGUAGAAUCAUCCUUACACAAGGUAUUGGAUGAUCAUUUGGGUGCAGAAAUUGCCUCUGGGUCAAUCAAAACCAAACAGGAUGCGUUGAAUUUCUUAAAAUGGACAUUCUUUUUCCGUAGAGCAUAUCAUAAUCCAACAUAUUAUGGUAUUGAAGAAGACACUAGUGCUGCUGGAGUAAACAAGCACUUGAGCAAUCUUAUCGAUAAAACAUUGGAAAGCCUAUCUGAAUCACAAUGUGUUUCCAUCCAAGGCAAAAAAAUUAUUCCAACACCAUUCAUUAGCAUCUCAUCUUAUUACUAUAUUUCUCAUUUAACUGUGCGUAAAUUAUUAGAGCAGCUAUAUGAUAACGCUACUUUCCAAGAUGUUCUAAAAUGGUUAUCAAUGGCUGUCGAAUACAAUGAAUUGCCUGUUAGAGGUGGUGAAAUUAUCAUGAAUGUAGAAAUGUCAGCUCAAUCUAGAUAUUCUGUAGAAAGUACGUUUACUGGAGAUCAUGAGUUGCCGAUGUGGGAUCCACACGUUAAGGCGUUUUUGCUGUUACAAGCUCAUUUAAGCCGUGUUGAUUUACCAAUUGCUGAUUAUGUUCAAGAUACUAUAUCUGUAUUAGAUCAAUCUUUACGUAUCUUACAGGCGUAUAUUGAUGUUGCCAGUGAAUUAGGCUAUUUGGGCACUGUGAUGGCAAUGAUAAAAGUUAUGCAAUGUGUUAAGCAAGGUUGUUGGUAUGAAGACGACCCGAUUGGUCUGUUGCCAGGAAUGGAUCUGAAAAGACGAACAGAUAAAACUUUUAAUCAAAGUGGAUUUGCGGUCGAUAAUGUUGAGACAAAGAAAAAUCUUUUGGAUUUAGAUAAAAUUGGUAGGCUUGGAUUUAGCAAACUACAAAAUGUCAUGAAUAAACUAAAUGUUGCAGAAGAAGAGAGAAAAAACUUUUCAUAUGUGUGUCAGAGAUUGCCUGUUUUGAAUGACAUCAAAUUUGAUGAGCAAACGGAUUCUUCUAGUUUGACGUUGACUGCUAAGCACGCAUUCAACAAGACAAAUAGAGGUUUUGAGGUAUAUUGUGAUAAAUUUCCAAAGACUCAAAAAGAGCUUUGGUUUUGUAUUGGUUAUCAAGGGAAUGAAUUGUUAAUGAUCAAGAGAUGUCAGCCUAGACAGAAUGGGAAAGACGUUAGUAUCAUUUGUGAUUUAUUGAUACCCGAAGAAUUAGAGGUUGAGGAACUAAAUUUUGUAUUAAUCAAUGAUGCUUUGGAUUUGAAAUAUCAGUUAAGACAUAAACUGAUCGGCUCUUCAAAUUGA